CCCAUCUCCUUUUUCCACACAUUGCGCAACUUCAAACGUCAGAUUCAACUUUUAGAUUUCUUUAUUCCCGACAACCAGGCCAUUUUCAACUCUCUGCCUGUAAAGCUUUAUUUCAGCCACCCAAGCGAGCAUACCUACCUAAUCCGCAAACGAACACCCAUCCAACCAAGCGACCGGCCUUGGACCCGGCGAAGCACAGCAAGGGUAGCAGAGUGACAUACACAGUAGACAAAGCUACAGAUCAUUAUACAAACAUAGAAACGUAGGAAACAGCCUCAUCGCCUCGUCGCCUCGCGCCUCACUCACGCCUCACCACCAACCCCCGCGCCUGAGCACAAACGACAUGGAUCCCGGCUCUACCCUGCAGCACUUCCUGCAGCCCCUCCAGGUCGAUGCCCACAAGAUUCAUACACUGUCCAGCCUUUUCUUGUCCAAUUUCAAAGACCUUGCUCUUCACGCCCAGGAUCAGUUCCUCUCCACGCCCAUCUCAGAGUCCAUCUUACGACAUGUCAGCCAAGAAGGUCGUGGAAGACACCUGGCCAUUGACAUCGGCGGAACGAAUCUGAGGGUAGGCCUCGUCGAGCUGGGGCGCAAAUACUCCACAGACACCAACAAGACAACCUCAUCCUCGGCCAAGCCCAAUGGAACCUCAUCCUCAUCAACCCUCAAACUCAGAGAGGAAGCAUGGCCCAUAGACGAUCGCGUCAAAGCAGAUGCCAAAGGGGAUCCCCAGCUCCUCUUCGACUGGAUUGGCGCCCGCAUUGCAUCCGUCGUCCGCAAUGCCCGCAAGGAGUCCCUACUGCCCGAUGAUGAGGAGUCCAUUCCCAUGGGUAUCACAUUCAGCUUCCCCAUGAUCCAGCGUUCUAUCGCCGAAGCACAAAUCAUGACAAUGGGAAAAGGCUUCAGUAUAAAAGGCUACGCUACACUAGGUCCUUUGCUCAUCAGGGGCUACGACAAAGCUCGCAAUGCCCAAUCCAACGGAAUCCAUAGUAGCCCUCUGCCCCCCAUCCACGCCGCCGCCAUAUCAAACGAUUCCGUCUCAACACUAAUCACCUUCAUCUAUCUCUUUGACGACUUCAAGUCGAACCCCAAGACAAAAUCAAAGUCUGAAUCCAAGUCACCGCCCCUCAUUAUCAAAAAGGCAAGCAUGGGCCUCAUUGUCGGUACAGGCUGCAACGCCACCAUUUCCCUCCCUCUCACCGCCCUGGGCCCCGGAAAAUGGCCCGAAGCUGUGAGCACCCUUCCCGGCGAACCCGCCGGCCACAUCCGUAUCGCCGUGAACACAGAAUGGAGUAUCCGCGGUACGGCUCCACCCCUACGUGAACUGGGCUUCAUCACAGCAUGGGACACAGCCCUUGACGAUGCCCUCGUCGGGCCAGGUGAGAUUGCUGGCUUCCAGCCCCUGGAGUACAUGACGGCCGGCCGCUAUCUCGGCGAGCUGGGUCGCCUCGUUCUAGUCGACUACCUCCGUACCGUUCUUGGCUUCGACGAAUCCUCAUUGCCAGAAGGCUUGCUCACGAGGUACGCGCUGACGACGACGUUCUUGAGCCAUUUUAAACCUGCCGAUGACAAUCCUUCCGACCCGUCCCCUCUACUGUCAAUGCUGGAAAAGCAGUUCCCAGUAGGAGAAGUAGAAGCAGGAACGGGACCAUCACCCCCUUUCCAAUGGACGCAAACAAUCGCAGCGGCCCUCUACCACAUCGCCAAAGCAAUAGAGAUCCGUGCCGCAGGCAUCGUCGCAGCCGCCACCUUCGCCCUCUUGAAACUCGCAGAAGACGUCCCACCUCCUGUCCCAAAGGGUCACCACCAUCAUCAUCAAGACGAAAACCACCAACACGGGCACCCCCACCACCAGCGGAAGCAAGGCAUCCCUCCUAGUAUGGAGCUAGGCGUCGGUUACACGGGUGGCUGCAUCUCCCAUUUCCAAGAUUACCUCGCCGACACGCAAGACUUUUUAGACAAGAUCGUAAAGCUAGAAUACUCUGCGGGCGGACCAGAAUCACAGUCGCCUCUGCCGGUGAGAAUCGUUCUUAGCCCUUGCCAUGACGGCGGGAUCAAGGGCGCCGGAAUCCUCGUGGCCGCCACGAGGAAAACGUUUAGGCAAGAAACAUAGUUUGUUGAGAAGGGAAAUGACAUAAAGACUUGGCUACAGUCGUGUGAAUGAGAGGUUAUCCGCCCGCCUCAAUUACUUGCUGUACCAUUGAGGCAGAAUCGUCUCGAGAAGGGACGAGAGAACGGUGAGAUGGGAUGAGGUAUACUAGGAGUGCCUUUCACGUAUAAAUGACGAAUACGCACUCGCUCUGCUCCGUAGGGUGUAGAAUAAUACAUCACCAG